AUGUGCGAUGCUUCCGGUGCGGAAAAAUGGGUCACUACGCACGUGAGUGUACGGCACCUGUACACUCAAACCAAGGUCGACGUUACUGGGUAUCGUCACGGUCGAACAAAAACACGCAAAGGACCAGUAGGCGCGGGUCAUGCGUGUCUACAAUGGACACGCGGUAUUGAGGGCUGGAGCCCCAGUGUGAGGGAAUCUCACUGCAAGGUGCAAGAUGACGUACCAAAACGUGUCAUCUUAAAGGUGACGUCGAUGACGAACAGAGCGGACUCUCUUCGGGUGUUGGUGAACUCGGGCACGUCGAACAACUCUGUUCGACAGCAAUGUCUGCCGCUGUUGGACUUCGCGAAGAAGCAUGUGCCUCGAAGUCAGUUGGAAGUACGAUUGGCAACGGGUGCCACCAUGAAGACCGAGAAGCGCGUAAUUUGCGCACACUUCUCGUACAAACACCGGGUGUUUGUGGAAGAACUUCUCGUCCUGGCCUUGAACGACAAGUUCGACAUGGUGUUGGUUAUGCCGUGGCUUGCACGGCAUGAUCCUAUUAUCGACUGGGAGAAGCAUACGGACGUACACUUCGGACGCCGCAGCGCAACAGAGAGCGAUGGCUCUGUUCGUGCAGCAGAUACACCUAACGGUGCAUCCAAACCUCCUAUAGAGAGAGUGGCUCGCACCGCUGUCUCCGGUCGUAGCGCGCGGGUUAUAACGACUCCGGGAGUCGUUGACAGAAAGGAGUGUCUAGUCAGGGACCCGACACUACCAAGAAAUCAUCCGCCGUGA